GAGUAGAUUAGAUAAAGCUUUGAAGAUAUGGUUAUCUAUGGGUAGCCUCUGGGCCAAAUGUGUGGGUUCUGAUUUUUGAAUACCUCUGAGUAUGGUCUUGAUUUGGUGAGAGGCCAUGAAACUGUUGUUAUUUGGGUGUAAGAUGAGCAUGUGGUGUUGAAUGCCAGUGAGAUAGAGUUUGAUGGUGUUAUAUGACAAUUUGAGUUUAAGGUGGCAAAAGGAAGCAAACCCCAAAAAAGAUGUCAUAACAAACGGUUGUAUGAUGUCAUGUUCCAAAAGGAAUCGUUUGAAUAGUGUGAAAGCCCUGUUGUAUGUUUUGUUUGUAUUGUGUGAAAGUGCCAACUGAGACAAUGUCCUGCUAUGCUGCAUGAUGACGUCUAGUCCAGUAUGAGUUGUUGAAAUGUUGGAGUGAUGGUGGCUGUGGGUGCUGCUGACGGGAGUGCUUGAUGAAACUCCUGAAAUUUAAAGCGAGACAAACUGUCAGCAGCUGUGUUGUAUACACCUGGCACAUGAAAACAACAUAGGAAGAAAUUAUGACAAGCUGCCAACCAAGUGAGUUUCCUCAGAAAUCUCAUGAUCGUAAGAGAUUUGGAACGACCUUUGUUGAUGAUGUGACAGGUCGCCUGGUUGUCUGAGUAACAACGCACUGGCGUAUUAGCCCAUAAAUGACCCCACGCUACGGCAGCCGCCACUAUGGGGUAGAUCUCAAAAAGAGCUGAGGUAGUGGAAAAACCUUCCAAAUCCAGAACUGCUGAAGGCCAGCUGCCCCAAAGCCAUUCGUUCCCAAAAAUUGCUGCAAAACCAGUGGUAGAUGCCGCAUCUGACCAAAUGGUAGGAGAUGAUUCAGUCAAUUGAGGGAGGAACAUACUUUUACCAUUCCAAGUGGUUAAAAACCUCUUCCACAUGUUUAGAUCUGCCGUAGCUUGGGCAUCUAAGGACAACCUGUGCGUGUCAUGUAGAAAAAGUGGGAAAAGAUGCAAUAGUCGUGAAAUAAAGGAGCGGCCUUGAGGUAUGAUGCGCAUUGCAAAAUUUAGUGACCCCAGCAGGGACUGUAGUUCUUUGCGGUUGCAAGUGCCGAGCUGUAGGUAGUUGUUAAUGUAAGUGAGAAUAUUGUCUAUCUUUUCGUAAGGUAGGCUUGCUUGCAUUGUGGCAGAGUCUAACUGGAUACCCAGAAAAGUGAUAACCGUGUCUGGCCCUUUUGUUUUCUUUGGGGAGAUGGGUACACCUAGUUGCUCAAACAGCUUAGUGGUAGCUUUGAGGCUAGUGGGAGGUGCAGUAUUCUCCUCGACCAGUAGGAAAUCGUCCAAAUAAUGUAAUACUGUAGGGCAUCCGGCUAUGUUCAAUAGUAACCAGCAUAGUGCUUCGGCAAAUGUGUCGAAAAUAGCUGGGCUACUUUUGGACCCAAAAGUUAACCGGGAGAAAAAAUAGUAGUUCUCGGACCACUUGAUGCCAUGCAGGUGCCACAGUGUGGGGUGGAUAGGGAGUAAUUUGAAGGCGUUAGUAAUGUCGGUCUUACUGAGCCAGGCUCCCAUCCCUGCUUGUAUGAUGGCUGUAAUGGCGUGAUCUAUGGUGGUGUAUUGCAGAGAGAAUUCCUCAGAGGGUAUGAGGGAAUUAAGACUGGGGUCGGCCGAUGAGUGGGGAGCCGAUAAGUCAACGAUGAGUCUGUGUUUUUGGGAAGAUUUCCCUGUGACAAUACCAAUAGGGUUGGUGCGCCAUGCUGUGAAUGGGGGAGUUCUAAAAGGCCCCGAUACAAAGCCCUCCUCCACUUCUUGGUUUAUGAGGGUGUCAACCACUGUGGGGUUGUGUUGGGCGGAUUGUAGGUUUGGGCAUUCCAGAGUGCCAGCUGGUAUGUGUAGGAUACCUGUGUGGAAGCCUUCUGUCAAACCAGAAAUAAGAAAAUCUACCAGGUGUCUAGAUGGGUGCUGAGACAUCAAUGCUGUGAAUACUGGCAUAUUAAUGGACGUAAGGUAAGGCUUAGAAUACAUUUUAUUUGGACACAUGGUCUUAGCAUGUGCCCUAAAACAUUUUGAACAGACAUGCAAUAGUCUACAUCCACUGUAAUUGCAAGACCCAACAUUGAAAUUAUUACAUAUCUGGGACUUGCCCAGAAACUUGAUUGGGCGUCCCAAUUUGUCUGUGGAUAGUUUCCCUGGAUCCCCAGAGGAAGUAGUUCCUUGUGUGGAGGCAUGUCCGUCUGCCGUGUUUGGACAAAAAUUGGUAGUAUGGGCUGUGGAGGAGCAGUAUGCACAAGCUGGUGUUCUUAGACCUGCAAAGUGUCUGCAGAAUAAGACGGUAUCAAUCCUUCCCCAGUUGGACCGUGUACCGUACUGGGAGAAGGCUCCAGCCACUUUUGCAGAAAAAGACCUAUGGUAGUCAUAGAAUGCUGAACCACCAUAUUUGUUGCCCAGGUCUACCAGCUUGUGCAUAUAGAGAUCAAACUCCUCUCUUCUGUUGGGAUAGACCGCACAGACGACAUCCCUGUAAAUACCAAAUGCUAGAACAAAUUCAGGGAUAGUCAGUUUUCUGUUUAGGCGGGCAUCCCUAGAUCUGACAAUAACAGAAACAUCAUCAUAAGCAUACGUCUUAUGUUCCACAAUGUCCUGGGAGGCAAUCAACAGGGAAGCCAGGUUGACGUCUUUACCUUCCAGGAUAUCCCUUUUGAUAUGCUCAGGUAUCAUGUGGGCCGGGCUAACUUCCUGGUCAUCCAGGGGGCUGGCUGGAGCGACUAAUGGCAAGGCUGGUGUUUGUACCGCAGCCGCGGGUGGCCCUGCUAGAGUGAGGGCCGUGGUGACCGACUCAAGUUUCUCCAGCCUGGAGUUGACCUUGCCCAUGGAUGCCAUGAGUGAGGAUAACAUGGCAUGUAUGUCCCCUGGGUUGGACUGGCUAGAUCCUUCCCCGGCUUCCAUGUUAUUGGUUGAUGUGCGUAGCAGUUUGAAAAGUUCUGCCUUCCUUGCUGUAGCGGGGUAGGGGAUUUGUCGUCUCCUUAAUUCCGUGGUUAUGCGCGGGAUUGUCCAGGAUCUAAUUGAUGCUGGACUAGCUAGCUCUCCUCCUUGUGUGGGAGUGACAGCUCUAGCCGGGGUGCUAGGCAGGGAGAAAUCCUCUACCCCUUCCUGAGACAUACUAUAAAUAAAACAAUAAUUAGUAUAUAGAACCACCAAAUUGUACUGGCAGGCUAGCUAGGCCGGAUGGCGAAAGUAUUAUGCUUGUUUGGUGACAGGUGAGGCCCUACUAAUUGCCAAGCGGCUUGAGAGGCUCUAUCUAUGCGUUGGCGCGAGGGGUUAUUGAGGCCACUUGACGUAGUGGCAGGAGUUUUAGGCCUCUCGGUGACUGUACGACAGAAAACAGGGGAAGGGAGUGACAGGUGAGGCCCUCUCUUUGCAACAUGCGAGGCGGCUAGCUAACGUGUGGCCCGAUGGGUGUUUGCCUCUGGAACGUUUGAGGCGGGGUGUUGGCCUCGCGGGACCACUAACUGAUGGCGACAGCCAAGACGGGGUAAAUACCUAUUGGGAAUCCUGUGACCCUAUUGCCAGUACUCUAAACUAGGGGGAUGAAAUGAAAUGUAUGGUAGAAUACCAUAUGAGCAGGUGUACGUACCUGGUAGUAUGAUAAAUCACAGGAAUAAACCGUGUGGAGCAACUAUAUAAGCUCGACAGCCUAAAAAUGGGUAAAAGAGAGUAGUACGAUGAGUGUGGGGUAUAACAAGAACCAGACUUAUAGUCUGUAGCAGCAAUGUAUAAAAUUAUGUUGAUACCAUGGGAAUAGCUACGAGUGGCUCAGAAAUGUUUGCAUGCUUGAAAAAGACAUCUGAGGGAGGCCGUGGCCUAUGUACAAACAAUCUAUGUGUUACGUGAUAAUGGUGUGUAAAGGAAAACAUGAAACGUAGGUUAUAUACAUAUGUAUUAUGACUGUGUAGGGGACGUAUGAUUGGUUGGAUCAGGACGUGUGAUCCAACCCGAGUAUGCAUGCAAAAGGACUUAUGCCUUGUGUGUCAUCGUCAUGACAGAGAAAUGAGGCCUGUAAUGUAGGCUGAGUAAAUUGAAAUGAAAUGGAUAGUUAUAAAACUCCUGGCGUGGGAGUUCAAUGACCUGUACCGAAAUGUAACUGGUUUUAUAGAAAGGGACAUGGAUGAGGUCAUGGCCUAAUUAACACAUCGUUGUGUAUGAUAUGUAGCAGAAAGACCAAAGGCAGGGAUACCCCAAAAUGAUUUAGCAUGAUGUAAAGUGAUGUGGAUCUAUAUGAUAUGUAUGUAUAGCAAAGACGUAUCAACCCGAGAAUUAUUGCUUAAAUGAACCUAUCCUUGUAUGUAUUGUAUUAAUAACCCAGAAAUGAGGCUUGUGACAUGGCUGAGUCCAUACGUAUAAAUGGAUAAGUAAUGCAGACCCCAGAAAGCGUGGGAGUCAAAUGGUAUACACAGAAGUGGACUUGGUUUGUGGACAAAAUACAAUACUGACAAUUGUUAAAAGUAAUCAACAAUCUAUUUAAGCAAGCAAUACUUAACCGAAUGUUAUAUACACAUGAAAUGGUGAAUAUAAUUCAUGAAAGGAUUAAAAACGUGAACACACAGAACAGCCGAAAGCAAAUGUGAGGGGAACACAGAAGUUAGAAUAGUUUAACCAUAUGAUUUAUGCGAACCAAAGUGUGUGUGAGCGUAUGUAAUAUUUGCCGAACGGCAAAACAACCGAAUGAACAUUCGUUUAAAUAACAUGAAUAGAAUAUGCGAAAUGACUAUUGAACGAUUGAAAACAUGUUCAGCCGAAUGACCGUACGAAAUGAAAAGCCCGCGAAUGGCUUGAAAACAUUCGUGUCAUAACCAGGGAAAAGCCGUAAAGCGAGGACCCGUGCUGUACCGUACGCCGUGGGAACCAGUCCUGGCGUGACAGGAAGGUCUGACUUACGGUUUAGGAGUCCCUGGGACGCGAUCUACGACGGAGAAACGGAGUCAGAAGAAGCUGGACGGGCGGAAAGGCCUGAACAGGAUUCCUGGACACAGCUUAACGUGGUGAAACCUCCUGGAUACUGAAACCAAGAUGGCGUCUGAGAGAACCCGGAAGUGGAUCCUCAUUCAACGCUGACCUCGAACGGUAAGGAGCCAGGCAUGGGGAGUGCCUUAAGUAGGCUAGGGGUGGAAAACCAGCACCUCCCACAAAUGCAGGCAAAUUGCCUUAAUACAUAUAUAUAUAUAUAUACUCUAUGUGUAUAUCAUCUUUUACCAUAAUUAUAUGACUUUAUUAAUUAAAAUUUGACAACUCAAAGUGCAGAAAAUAUAAUACGCAAAGAUUAUAUUUUAACCCUGUAAGACUCCUUUACAUGGGGGUUACUGUUUUACUCAGGAGACUUCGCUGAGCACAGAUAUGUGUUUCAAAAUGGUAAAUUGUAUUACAAUGAUAUUGUGAGUAGUGAUGCCACGAACCGUUCGUGGCGAACUCCGGUCAGCUGACACAUCCCUGCCAAUCUCCGUCAGACCCUCCCUCCCAGACCCUCCAGCUUCAACAUGGAUGCUGUCCAGGAGGUGGGAGGGUCUGGGAGGGAGGGUCUGCCGGAGAUUGGCAGGGAUGUGUCAGCUGACCGGAGUUCGCCGCGAACCGUUCACGAACGGUUCGCAACAUCACUAAUUGUGAGUAAAAAUUAAGUCCUUUUGGAUUUUUCACACACAAAUGGAACUAUCACUGACAAUAUUAUUAUUCUAAUAUGUUUACUGUUUUGAAACACUAAUAUUUGUGUAGAGUGAUAUCUCUCGAGUAGAACAGUACUCCCCACGUACAGGUUUUAUGGUGUUUUGGAAAGUUAGAGUUAAAUAUAAGGCUUGCAUUUCAGGUUUUUUUCACAUUGAAAUUUGCCAGACUGGUAAUGUUGUCUUUUAGCCCAGGAAUGAGAAUUACCCUCAUGAUAGCAUACUAUUUGCAAAAGUAGACAUCUCAGGGUAUUUCAAGUGGGAUAUGGCCAAUAUAUUUUUUUUGUAGCCACUUGGUCACAAACACUGGCCAAAGUUAGCAGUCAUAUUUUUUUUUUUUUUUGUGUAUAAAAAAAAAAAGAUAACCUAUUUGUUUCUUGUAAUACAUUUUUUUUUUUUUAUUUGACUAACAGAAUUUUUAAAUUCUUCAGCUUUCAGGAGAACCUCCCUUUCUCAAGUCUAAAGCAUUUCUGAGGCAGACAACUGAUUUCAAAGUUGAGUUUUGAUACAGUGGUUAAAGCAACAUGAGUUACUCAACCGCCACAAACUUUGCAGCUCCCUUCACUGACCUCUCUACAAUCCGGGAAGAGAUCUCUCAUCGCUCUCCUUCCACUUACAAUACUUCCCACAACCUCACUCCCUCUGCUGUUCUAUGUUCAUUCGCAUCCACUACAGCAAAAGAGGUUUCUAAUCUGCUCAGGUCCUUCCGUCCUACCACCUGCUCCCUUGAUCCUAUUCCCUCGCAUCUCAUCCGUACUCUGUCUCCUUCUCUUGCUUUGUCUCUCAUUAAAAUUCUCACUCUCCUCUGGCAUAUUUCCAUUACCUUUCAAACAUGCAACUGUAACUCUAAAUUCUACAAAAGCCCAACCUUGACCUUAACUCCCCGUUCAACUACUGCUCUAUCUCGCUACUGCCUUUUGCCUCAAAGAUCAUUGAAAGAAUUGUGCAUGUGAUGUGAUCCUUGUCUGCAGGUAGCACGGUCCUUUUGGGUACAAACAUGCACAGUCUUUAAAAGGAACUUAAUUCCAAGCACUUUAUUUGUAAAUCUACACAGGAGACAGCAGUAGAUGGGGAAAAAAAAAACAAUAAUGUAACAAAAUCCCUAUAAACAAAAACCUAGCUCAUCUGAGCACUAACAUACAUCAGAUCCCCUAUCUCUCAAGGUUAAGUUAUAACAAAAUAAUAUUGGUUUCACCAACCCAGUGUCUUUGUCAGCUCUCAGCACUCCACUGUUUAGUCAGCCUGAUGCUUCUAGCUCUUCAAGAGAGAAAACAAACAUUCUCCCUUGACCUGCCUAGCAGGGAGGGGUUUAUUCCCACUGCUGCAGCUGAGCAGUGGGUUGGAGACAGUCCAAAAACCCUGGCCUGGAUCUAUGUGUCCCAAAAAAAAGCUAAACUGCGGAGUGGAGCACUGGCCCACCCUGCUCUCCAAAUGCUCCACCCCAGGGGCCCAUAACUAAAUAUUAAUUUCGGUUAUAUACACACCGUAACACACACUCCCCCUGGGGUUAAAAUCAUAUGCCUCUCUGAACAAUUCAGUUGAAAUAUAAACUCCCUCACAGACCACCACAUUCUGCUUGACCCACUUUAGUCUCUUUUCUGCGCUCAGCACUCUGUGGAAACUGCUCUGACCAAAGUAUCAAACUAUCUGCUCGCUGCAAAAUCUCAUGGUCACUACAUGAUCCUAAUUCUACUUGACCUUUCCGCUGCUUUCGAUACUGUUGAUCAUCAACAGCUUCUUCUCAUCCUCCAUAAUCUCGGUCUACGAGAUAUUGCUCUCUCCUGGUGCUCCUCCUACCUCACCCAGUGCUCUUCUAUUGUUUCUUUCUGGCUCUGCCUCUUCCCUCCCCAACCCUUCUCUGUUGGUGUCCCCCAAGGUCCAGUCCUUGGUGCCCUACUGUUUUCCAUCUAUACUGCCUCCCUUGGUAAACUCAUUAGCUCCUUUGGCUUCCAAUAUCACUUCUAUGUGGAUGACACCCAAAUCUAUCUGUCCUCCACUGAUCUCUCCCCGCCCCUAUUUACUAGUGUCUCUGAAUGCCUCUAUUUCUAACUGGAUGGCUGUCCACUUCCUUAAACUCCACUUCUCCAAAACAGAAUUUCUAGUCUUUCCUCCCUUAAGUGUUGUCUCCCUCCACGUUAAUGGUGCUACCAUCAGCUCCACCACACAGACUCGCUGCUUAGGUGUUCUUUGACUCCGACCACUACUUCACCCCUCAUGUCCAGUUGAUCGCCAAAUCCUUGCGCUUCCAUCUCAAAAACAUAGCGUGCAUACGCCCCUAUUUAACGCCAGAUGCGGCUAAGGUGCUGGUCCAUGCAACUGUCCUCUCUCGCCUUGACUACUGCAAUCUGCUUCUCAGUGGUGCUCCUAUGUGCUCCUUACUUGCCCCAUUGCAGUCUAUAAUAAAUGCAGCGUCAAGGCUCAUCUUCCUGUCCGCCGUUUGCUUUCAAAUAUUUACAUAAUGCUACUCCCACCUAUCUGUUCUCCCUAAUACACAAGUAUGUCCGUCUAGGCCCCUACACUCUGCCGAAGACCUGCAUCUGUCCUCUGUUCGUACUUCCUUGCAUGCAAGACUUCUCUAGGGCUGCACCGUUCCUGUGGAACUGUUAUGUAUGUCAAAAAAAUCACCAAUUCGUAUUAAAUUUUUUUUUACAUUUGGCAUAGAUUGGUGGUAAAAUGGUUGCAUGAAAAAAGUCAAAAUACCCCAAGUUUAAUACCUUAGGUUGUCUUCUUUUAAAAAAAAUAUAAAUACAUGUGAAGAGUUAUUCAGGUAAUCCUGACCGAUCAGUGUUGGUUAAUUUUGAAAAAAAUGGGUUGGAAAUAAAGUGCUACUUGUACUUAUUAUCCUAUAACUUGAAAAACCAUGUUAGCAUUGGGUAUUUCUAAACUCAGGACAAAAUUUAGAAACCAUUUAGCACGGGUGUUUUUUGGGGGUCAAAGUUAGAAAAAGUGUUUUUAUUGUUUUUUGUUUUCGUCUUAAUUUUUAUAUAAUUUUUUUUAUAUUAAAUUAUAUGUGAAAGAAUUUACUUUAUUGCAUCUAUAUCGAUAUGAUGAAAAUUAAUGGUAUCUUUAGAAAGACCAUUUAAUGGCAAGGAAAAUGGUAUAUAAUAUGUGUGGGUACAGUAAAUGAGUAAGAGGAAAAUUACAGCUAAACACAAACAUCACAGAAAUGUAAAAACAGCCCUGGUCCUUAACGGUAAGAAAAUGGGGAAAAAAAGUCAGGUCACUAAGGCGUUUAAAGGAUACUCAAAGGACAUUAUAACCACUAGAGCCCAUCAGUUGCCAUGGAAAUUUGCACAUAAUGGACCUUUGCCAGCCCAUCCAGUUCUAGGUUGGGUAAUAAAACCCAGUGACAUGCCAGUGAUCUGCAUGUGCAGCUUUUCAUACUAGGCGACCAUUGUUUAUUAAAAUGGUGAUAUUUAAACUGAAAUGCUAGGUGUUUUUUGGGGGGGCAGAAUCUAAAGUUUGCAUACAUUUUAAGUUUAGCAGAGUUGUGCAUUUAUUUCAAAUGAUCCUCAUUAUACGUUAAUUUCUCUGUACAAGAAGUGUGUAUGUAUGGCUGAAAGAAAAAGCAUUUAAACAUAGAUAAUCAAAAGCAUUGUAACUUUUUUUUCAUGCUUUUAACCCAAUCCAUUUCAUUUUAAUCAGUACCUACUCUGGAAUUUCGGGGAAGGAAUUUCACUGCCAGAUGCUGGCAUACAUGUCUGAUUUGAAUGGCAUUGAACUUGCUAACCAGGUCAACCGUCAUUGCCACUCUAACCGUUUACAGGAGAACUGGCACAGCACAGAAAAGGAGAGGGCUCGCAGGAAGCUCUACGUGGCAUCUGUUGUAUGUCUGCUUUUCAUGAUUGGAGAGGUAAUAGGUAAGAGAUUAUUUUUCAUUUUUCUUUAGUUAUGAGUACAUAUGGUAAUCUGUUAAAAUAGCACUACAGAUGAUAUGAUGGCCUUAUACAAAUAUAUUUGGGACCAAUACAAACCAGUGUCUGGAAAUCUAUUCAUAUUCAUGGGACACAAGGUCAUGCAUUUCAACUGGAAGAAAUGAGAUUUAGUCUAAGGCAAAGAAAGGGUUAGUUACAUUAAGCACAAAAAGGAUGUGCACUUAUCUGCCUGUAUAGAUGUUUAUACAGCAAAAACAUGAUAUGCAGAGAUGCAAAUUUUAAUACGUGGGUAACCGCUUCUUGAUCCAAAGAAAAGAUCUGAGUGCCACUUUGGGGUAAGGACUUUUUUUUUUAUUUUUUUUAUUUUUUAUGUUUGAUGUGAGAUAGAUUAGACUUCUCAACAUUAGAUAUUAUAGUGUAGAACAAUCUUUAAUAUAAUUGGAAUACAUAAUUGCUGUUUUUAUAGACCAGAUGAAUUACUUACACAGAUUACAUCCCCGUGGUAAAAUAAUACACACAAUUUAAAUUACAGAGUGUGUGUGAGUCAUUGUGAAAAAUUAAUUUCUGGUAUAAACAAUUAAUUACAGGUAUGGAUCACUCUGACAGAAUUCUAAAUAAAAUUGUUUAACACAAUUAGAUCCAAAUAUUUUAUGACCGUCAGAAAAGUUAAAGUUCUGCAAAAAAUCUUGGGUAAUUGCAUAAUGUAUGAACAAAAAGUGGAUGGGCAGAGUGAGUGAUAAUGAUUAAGUGCAGGCAAACCUCUGUCUAAAGGUCACUCCCAACAUUUGUAAAUGUAGAAAACCAAAGUAAAGAAGAAAUCAAUACAAAAUAGCAGUGCACCAAACACUAAUAUAUGCCAGCUUUGUAUGGAAUAUCUAAAAAAUAGAGAGGAAACAAAAGAAAAUAUAAUUAGUAAAACAAAUAUACAAUUUAUUGAAAACAAAGAUGAGAUUAAAACAUAUGUUGGCACAAAAUCUAAGUGUGCAAUUAACAAUAAUAAGCCUGAGUAGGAUUGAAACCCUUAUGGCUAGCUGCUUUUCUACAGCACAAAAUUCAUAAUACACAGAGCACAGUUCAAGUGUUAAAGUGCAGAUUAAAUAAAGUAAAGGGUAGUAUAAGGUGCUUUCCCUUCAUAGCAUGCCACAAUAUAGAGUGCAUAAAAUCAUCCAGAAAGUGCUUCCAAGACUGCUCACACCAAAUCUCAGGGUACUCUCAGCAAGACUCUGCAAUUGUUUAAUGUAUCUCUUAAUGCAUUAUUGAUGACUUCUCUUUAAGAUGACACACAUGAAUAAUAUUUUGUAUACAUGAAAUCAGUCAAAUACCAAAUAAUAUAAUCUUCAGUACUCAUGUUUGCACUACAAUUUGAAGCUCACCCUAGAGCAGGGGUUCCCAACUCAGUUCUCAAGUACAGGGUUUAGGGAUUAACUAAUUGUGUCUAAAGUGUGUGGUUUUCUUUUUGGUUUUUUCCCCCCCAUUUAUUUUUUUAAGCCCCUAAAAACACCUUUGACACAACAGGGUAAUCCAUAAACCCUGGCCUGUUAGGGGGUACUUGAGGUUGAGAACCACUGCCCUAAAGGUAUCUAUUACUACACCAAUAAAUACCUUUGCUCCAUGUCCCACAGGUAUAACUGCCUCUAGCUUCACACCUUCAUAGGUAUUUGCAAAUAUUCAAAGACUCCCAAAUGUAAUAGAGCUGCUUUAAGCUGAAAGAGAUCCAUAUCUAUAAAUAUCAAAAUUUUUACUGAUCCCUGUUGCUGCCCUUGAUCCAAAAGAAAGCACAAAUCUUCACUGGAUUUCUAACUUUGUCUCAAAGGGAUUUCUUUUAGUUUGUACUUUUUUAGAAUGUAUGUCUCCCUUUUGGGUUUAACAGUGUAACCAUAAUGUGAUGCAAUUUACUGUAUCUUAUUUUUGCAUUGUACUGUUGAAGGUUUUUUUUUUGUUUUUUUGUUUUUUUCUUAUGGUAUUGUGACUAGAGAUGUAGCGAACCGUUCUCGAACUUCCCGCGAACGGUUCAUGGUGAGCUCCGGUCAGCUGACACAUCCCGGCCAAUCUCCAGCAGACCCUCCCACCUCCUGGACAGCACCCAUGUUGAAGGCAGCUUCAACAUGGAUGCUGUCCAGGAGGUGGGAGGGUCUGCUGGAGAUUGGCCGGGAUGUGUCAGCUGACCGGAGCUCGCCGCGAACCGUUCGCGGGAAGUUCGAGAACGGUUCGCGUCAUCACUAAUUGUGACAUGUGGCCUUGUUUAGUAUAUAUGCCUGUUACUAUAUCUGGUUUUUAUUUUUCUUCAGUCAAUUUUUUUUCUGCUGUUGGUAGUUUCCCAUUAAGUAUUUUGUACUCCUGUUUUUCGUCAGGUGGGUACUUGGCACACAGCUUGGCAAUCAUGACGGAUGCUGCUCAUCUUCUGACUGACUUUGCAAGCAUGAUGAUUAGUUUAUUUGCUCUAUGGAUGUCUUCGCGUCCAGCUACAAAAACCAUGAACUUUGGAUGGCAUCGUGCAGGUAUGAAGGCUUCCUGAAUAGAGUUUUGGUCAUUGUGUUAAUUCCUAAAUGGAGGCAGUAGAUGUCAUGAGUCACUUACAGAUUUUGUUUUUGAGACAUAUGUUUUUUGUAGACAAGCUAGUCAUGAAGCAACUCUUUUCCAGUAACUAAACUUUUUUUUUUUUUCAUUUGUAGAGAUUUUAGGAGCCCUUGUAUCGGUUCUGUCUAUCUGGGUAGUAACUGGAGUCUUGGUGUACCUGGCUGUGGAGCGUUUAAUUUCAGGGGAUUAUGAGAUAGAAGGAGAAACAAUGCUAAUCACUUCGGCUUGUGCUGUAGCAGUGAACAUCAUGUAGGUAUAUACUACUCUUGUUGUGUUUUCUGUUGACAAAGUCCAAGUCUGUUAACAAAACAAAAUGAGUGCUCUGUCUGGUAAAAUAGCUGCAGUUCACCAACAAAGUGUUCCCCCACCCAAAGAAAAGGACAAAAUAAUAGUGCAGCGUAUUAACAAAAGUGCAAAUAUUAAAUUCGUGCCAAAGGAACACUCGCGCUUUAUAGAGCCAUAGAAGCUCUAUUUCAUGGGCCUGGACGGAAUAAUCCCCGUCUAAGGAUAUCUUUUGUAGAUGUCAGCAGUGCUUGAUUCUCAAGUGGGUAAUGGUCACUGUAACGGAUCACCUGGCACCCCGACUGGGUACCUCCGUUGAAGGAUGCUCCUAGCGCUUCCUGAGGACUCCAAGCACUCUGGCAGACACCGCAAUCACCAAACCGGAGAAACAAAUUCUCCCAAGCAUAUGAAUGCUGUAGACAGUUGAAUAGGAACCAUAUGAAUAGGUUUACUCUCCUAGCAGUCAAACUGGAACAGCAUACAAUAAAUCCUUCCCCCAAUAAUGAGACAACACUUCACUUUGAGGGUUAAAACAGGAACUCCUGUACUGUCACAUACAGUCUCUUUUAUUCCCAAUCCACAAACAUAGUACAGCCCACAGGGCGUUACAAAACAACCAAUCAAUCCGCACAAUACACCCAGACACUCCCACACAAAAUCCUCCCCUCUGCAUGUGAUAUGAUUACUGAACACAAUGGGUAAUCUCAUUAUCACCGGCAGAGGAAUACAGUUUUUACACAAUAUUUAUAACUUCUAAAAUAUACAUGUCACAAACAUAAAACAUACAUUUUCAUAAUCAAUCCAUUCAGGGGAACAACAUAUUAAAAAACGAAUCACGAAUCAGACCAGGGGUUCAAAAGUUAAGGGAAAGUCCUUUGUGACUAAAUGAAGCAUGGCUUUCCGACCCAAACCAGUUUCAGAGUCUUCUAUCCUGGAGAUUGAAUUGAGAAGUAAUUCAGUUAUCUCCCAGGACAGACACAAGACUCCAUUAAGCACAUGGUUGCAAAAAGACACAAAACACUUUAAAAUACAUAGUCACCUUUUACACAUAAGACACAGACAUUUCACAUAUCCCCAGAUAGCUGGGAUCUGAGCGCACAAAACUACCGAAUAGCGCUCAGAUCCUAUUCACACAGUUCAAGUGCCAUGGAGCCGAAGUCUUUAACUACACGAAUGGGCUCCAUGGCAUAGCUAUCUGGGUUAACACAUUCACAUAAAGUCUGGUCCAUAGUCCAAAGGCAAGAGGCGGGCAAGCAGCCCCCUCCAAGGACACGUGGCGAGGCCGGUUUCGCCACAGUCACCAUAUAUAAAGAGAAGAUAAAAAUCCAAUGGUAAGGUAUGCAAAGUGACAGUAUUUGUAAAAAGGAUAAAACCUACUUACAUGACCUAGAGCAAAGACCUGCUCCAGUAUAUAGAACUUUAUGUGGAACAAUCUCCACCUAGGGAUACACAUGGACCCAGACCAGCAAAAAGAACUGGAUGUGAGGUAAGUAUACAAAGGACUGGUAUAUGUGGUAUAAAAAAGUACUUUAUUUAAAAAAACUGGAAUAUAUUACAAAUAAAUAAAAUGUUUAAAGUUCUAAACCAGUGCUCUCUAAUAGUCUGUCCUCACUUGAUGCGUUUUGCCAAAGCUUUUUCAAAAGUGCAUUCUUGUAGAUCAGGUCUCGGUCAUUUUUGUCUUAUUGGUCGAUAUUAGCCAGUUCCGGUGUGUAUUACAGCUGUUUCCAGUUCCCUCUAGUUGUCUUGCCGUCCUUUCCGGUUCCUGUGUGUUGUAAAGUCCAAGUCUGGUGUAUGGACUCUUUUUUUUUAAAGGAACAGUAUAAACCCCUAAUGUACUUCAGUUUGCUGAAGGGCUUUGCAGUUCAGAACAUGUCCUCUAAACUUUAUUUUUUAUUUUUAUAAAAAUGCAGAUAUCAAAAUAAAUCUACAGUUUUAUUAAAGGACCACUAUAGUGCCAGGAAAACAUACUAGAUUUCCUGGCACUAUAGUGCCCUGAGGGUGCCCCCACUCUCAGGGACCCCCUCCUGCCGGUCUCUGGGGAGAGGAAGGGGUUAAACUUACCUUUUUUCUAGGGCGGGGAGCUCUUCUCCGCCUCCCAUCCUCCCCUUCGGCUGAAUGCGCAUGCGCGGCAGGAGCUGCACGCGCAUUCAACCAGUCUCAUAGGAAAGCAUUCAUGAUUUUUCACAGUGAGAAGCACGCAAACACCUCUAGCGGCUGUCAAUGAGACAGCCACUAGAGGCUUUAGAGGCUGGACUAACCCAUUUAUAAACAUAGCAGUUUCUCUGAAACUACUAUGUUUAUACAAAAAAGGGGUUAAUCCUAGAGGGACCUGGCACCCAGACCACUUAAUUAAGCUGAAGUGGUCCUUUAAUUAAACACCAUAGUGUUAGGAAUACAACUUAUAUCCCUAAUGCCCAGGAGGGAGGUGGGGAGGUGGAUCUACUACCAAUUAAACACUUUAACUUUAGAAAUAAAUGUGUUUCACAUAUUGUACUAAAUAAGACAUAAAUAAGUUUAGCAAGGAUGCAUUUUGUAUACUUUUGUGUAUCCCUCAAAUUAUUUUUUAGAGUCCAUACUAUUCCCAAACAUUGCUUGGUCCUCUUUUGCUGAAAUGUUGGAGUGCCGUAUGUGUUGAUUCCACUCCCACCAGUACAAACUAGUGUAAAUCUUUUAUUGGAAUGAUUGUCACACUCCUACAUGAUGUGAUAACCAUGAUGUGUAUUGGUGAAAGUACUAAAACUAAACUUAAAUGCACAUUAGACCAGGAUAUGGCAGCAGGUUUUUUUUUUUCUAUGUGAGUGUGUAAUUUUAGUUAAUACAUGGGUUAUUGUAAUGUAGUUUAGUUUUUCUUUUUCCUUUGCUUCCAAAGCCACUGUAAAAUUAUUUUCCAGCCUCCUUGGUUUAACCCCUUAAGGACACAUGACAUGUGUGACAUGUCAUGAUUCCCUUUUAUUCCAGAAGUUUGGUCCUUAAGGGUUAAAUAAGCAAUAGUUGCCACAAAACCACAUUGUGUAUCUGAAAUUAACGACGCAAGCUUUUCAUUGUGUUGGAGUGGCUCUACUUAACAAAUUCUAUGCUCCAUAGGCAUAUUGUGUUGCCCAACUGUGGCAGACUGCCUGGUACCCUGACUGGGUACCUCCACCAAGCUCGCUCCCUAGUGAUGACCAGGACACCAUCAGAAUUCCAGCCCCUAGCCGCCGCAGCUUGGUCAGGUUCUCGUCAGAGUCCUGGAUCCAAGUUCAAGUGAUUAAAGCUCUCCUGCAGAGAGUAUAGCCGUAUAGCUGGUUCACACAAACACUAGUCAAGACUAAGUGAAGAGUAAAAAAGGAACUUGAUUAUUAUGGCCAAGUUGCCUGGCAUUGACUGAGACAUCAGGAAUGCAGAUCCUGUCCAACUCUCACACACCCGUAACAUACGCCCAUUAGCUAACUGAAGAUACAGUCCCCCGCCCUGCGCAGGUUGGACUAAAUCUGGGAGACUGCAAGGAAUGACCUGACCCAGCCACGAACAGGGAGGAGGGCUGGGAUCCCCCUCCACCUCACACAGGGGUAAUAAGCGUCCCGUACUUGACACACGCCUCAACGCCUCGCUCCCACUCUUCUAACAAAGAAGGCCAAAUACAAAGGGAAGGGUGCGGCAUAGAGACAGGUUCUGCCUACUAGGCUCAAAUCAAGCGGGUCGGCACCGAGGCACACCUUAGAGAGGGCCCAGACUGCCUUGGACACUUCUGCUGGGACUGUGGGAUGCAAAGAGCAUAUCUACCAUGAAUGCUCCAUAAACCAAUAUAAGUGUCGAAACAAUAACAUUACUGUAACCCCAGUUGUUAACAACCUUGUUCAAACGAUAAAAGUAUAAAAUAAAGAAUGUCAAAAUUAUGGCCAAGUUGCCUGCUUAUAUACACAGCCCCGAGCAUGGGGUCUCUAUUCAAUACAAGACAAGCCCCUCACAUAGAUCUCUGUGCCUGGGAAAUAAUUGCGUUAAAGACCGAUAAGCUAAAUGUCUCCCAGGAACAGAGAGGCAAACCUAAAACAUAUAUAAAAAAAUACCCCUAAAACAUCAUAAAAACAUACACUAACCCCACAAAUAAUACAUCAUCAAAUAGCCCUGAUCUAAAGUUCUUCAAAUAGCGCUCAGAUCAAUGCAGUGUAGGGGAAACCCCACCAUAUUAAAGUUCUGGCCGACCGCACAUGUGGUGCUAUGCCCAAAAUAGUUUCAGGGCGUUUGGUGCUUUGGCCGAUCAACUUUUGGGAGCUCCUGCAUCCGAAAUAAGGGGUGCUCCGCCUGGCUCUGUUAGCAUUUGUUACCCUUAGUCUCUGGCUCCUUCCCUCCAAAAAGCGAUCUCCUGGCGGGUAGUUCAAAACCCUGGACCAAGUUGUCUGGGAACCGCAUCGUUCUCUCAUGCCGAAAACAGUUCCAUAAUAUUCACAGUGAAGUACGGCUGACGUGACGGGGGACCCACAAAGUCCUCAUGCUGAAUUUAGUUCCAUAACAAUCGCGGCUAAGUACCGCUGAGGACCAUUCGUGGGUUUGGUUCACGACAGCCAGGGAACUAGUGUUCAGUUUCAUUCGAAUGAAGGGAAAGUGCCGAACCAGGGGCACCCAAGGAAAGCUACUAAUGGCGGCUGAGUAGGGUUAACUCCCGAAAAGGGUCUUUGGAUACAGCCUAUAGUCCUUGGGCAGGAGACCAGCUAGCAGGCUUCUCCAAGAGCUUGCGACAUAGGCACGUUUUCCACACCAACAGCCUGCAAAAGUGCUGCACCCUGGCUAAGAACAAAGCUGAAAUUACUUCACACCAUUACAUUAAAUAUUGUUUAAUACAUGGCCUCUUCAUCAAGCCUUUUAUCACUUGUUAAUUUACAGAAACUGAUGUACGGUUAUGUUUUUCCUUUUUACAAAGUAACUUCCUGCAUAACAUGACUGUUUUUCUUAAUCUGCAAAGCACUUAAUCUAUAUAUUGUGUUAGCAGAAUGCAUAACUUUACAGUUCUAGAGCUAUAUAUUCAAGUACUAUAUGAGAAAUAAUCCUGUCCAAAGCAAGGAUAGUGCCAAAAUCUUUCUCGAUUUUUCACCUGUGUGCAUGCAUGCUACUAGCCAGGUUUAUGCAGCAAAACGCUGUUUUUUUUUUUUUUUUAUAACAAAUCUGAACUGAAUUGAACAUGGAGAUUGCGGUCAAAUGAACAUAAUUUAUAGCUUGUAUCUUUUUGCAUGCAAAUUUGUGUACCCCCCCUGCCUGCUGAAAUCUUAUUUCUAUUAACCAUAUACAGCUUAUAUAUAUAUCUCUUAGUUACUAGAAUUUAUAUGUAAUGGUCCUUUUAAUCUUGCAACUUUGUAUUGUUCUACAGAAUGGGGGUAACCCUUCAUCAGACGGGCCAUGGGCACAGUCAUGGAGCUGGCAGCACACAUGGACAUUCACAUUCAGACCGCUCUGAAGAACACCAUAAUCCUAGUGUCCGGGCUGCUUUCAUUCAUGUUGUGGGAGACUUGUUGCAGAGUAUUGGGGUGCUUGUUGCUGCUUAUGUAAUCUACUUUAAGGUAUGAAACAAGGAACUCUCUCCAAUACCGUGGCUAGCUGGAAAAAUACUGUCAACACUGUUCUAAUGCAGCCUACAAAUCACAAAAUUACUUCUGACUCAUAAUUUCACUUCUGUAAACAUAUUAGCUCAUAAAACACUUUUCAUGUCAUAUUUAUCUCUUUCCAGCCAGAAUAUAAAAUGAUUGAUCCGAUCUGUACAUUCCUGUUCUCAUUCCUGGUCUUAGGCACUACACUUACAAUCCUUAGAGAUGUCUUACUUGUACUGAUGGAGGGUAAGUAAGGUUUAUAUAUGGUUUAUGUAAGCAAAUCAUUGUUGCCUGAGUGAUAAAGUCAUCUGUUUGAUUAAUUUUAUCAUGCUGUUUUAUUCAGGUACCCCUAAGGGUGUAGACUUUAACUUGGUGAAGGACACUCUACUAUCAAUCAAGGGAGUGAAAGCUGUUCAUAGUCUUCAUAUCUGGGCUCUCACAGUCUCCCAGCCUGUUCUAUCUGUCCAUAUAGCAAUCAGUAAGUGUCUAGUCUGACAAUGUUGUAAGGAUUUUCUGGUCUAAUGUUCUUUUAUAAAUACAGCAUCCAGUUGUGCAACAUAAUUUCCAGAUAUACAUUUUUUUUUUUUUUUUUACUGGGAGGAACUGGUCUAGAGGAUAGAUUCAACACAUGCAUAUACAUACAUUAGAGGAGCACUAUAGGGACAGGAACACAAACAUGUAUUCCUGACCCUAUAGUGUUAAAACCACUAUCUAGCCCCCUUUGCCUCCCUAAAGAUAGUAAAAUCUGACUUGUAUUGUGCUGCCUCUGCCUGUGACCUCAGAAGUGGUGGUCUGAUCCAAUCACAAUGCUUCCCCAUAGGAUUAGGUGAGACUGACAAGGAGGCAGAUCAGGGGCUGAGCCAGCACAAUUCAAUCAGCAUCCCCUCAUAGAGAUGAAUUGAAAGUUCAGUGUCUGCAUUCAGAGGGAGGAGACACUGAAUGUUUGGAUGCAUUUUAGGCAGCCAUGACUCAGGAAGGAUCUCUAACAGCCAUCUGAGGAGUGGCCAGUGAAGUUAUCACUAGGCUGUAAUGUAAACACUGCAUUUUCUCUGAAAAGACAGUGUUUACAGCAAAAACCCUGAAGGUAAUGAUUCUACUAACAAGAACAAAUUCAAUAAGCUGUAGUUGUUCUGGUGACUAUAGUGUCCCUUUACUAUAUAUUACAUUAGUGACUUGCCAUGUAUAAUAGUGGAGAAAUAUGUAAACCAAUGUAGUGUAUAGCUGUAUCUAUUUUAAUAACAAAUACUUCCAUAAUGUGACUGUUUUUAACAUGUAGGAUUAAACUGAAAAAAAUUGAAUAUAAUUCUUGCUACUGCUUUAAGAAAUACAAAAACUUUUGUUUCCUUAAAUAUUUUUGAAACUUUUUAAAUAUAAGUGAUUGUCACUGUUCUUAAUUAAAAUUCACCUUUCACAGAUGAAGAUGCUAACUCACAGAUGAUCUUGACAGAGGCCAGCUCGCAGCUACAGAACAAAUUCCAUUUUCACACCACAACCAUUCAGAUAGAAAAUUACUCUGAGGAUAUGAGGGAUUGCCAAGAGUGCCAGGAUCCUUCAGACUGAGGCGCCAACCACUACUGAAAGACUGCAUACUCCCAAGGGUACCCCACAACCUGGAACUUGGAGAAUUACCCAGGUUGCUUGUAAACUUCCUGAGAGUGAAGACUGAGAAUACAAUGGAUGCUGAUGUAUGUGGUUAAUGCCAAGAUUUGUAGUAGUCUGUGGUGGGAAGAAUUUAAAGUUGCCUCUUGAAAUUCUCCACUUGAAAAUUCUUCUUUCUGUGACUGCAAUGAGGUUCUAAUGUGCAGUGUUCCUGUUGAUCUUAAUUCUUGGCUUCAGCUUCCAUAUAUUAAUUGGUAGAACUUCCCACUUGUUUGUAGGGUGAUAAUAAAACCAAAACUUAUCGUUUUAUGAUAAUGAACUAAAGAUUCCCCAGUGAUUUCCUAAAAUCCCCCAUCAAAGAGGCUCUUUAUUUUUGGUACAGAACUGUAAAUUACAAAAACUGCAUAUGUGUGAAUAUACCUUCUUGUUGAUUUAAGUGGAAAAAUAUAAACAAAAGACAAGAUGUCUAAAGGCAUUAGUUAUAUGUUCUUAAUAGGCCUUAGGAGUUUUGGAGUUAAAGUUGUGAAUUAAAAGAUAUACAUUUGUUAUAGAGAAAAAAAAGGAAGGAGGUAGACUAGACCAUAUUGUAUUUGGGAUAAACUUUAUGCAUAGUUUUGAUUAAGGAUCAAAUCAAGCAUUAGAAGCUCUGGUUCAUAUGGGCCACCAAGCUUAAUUAUGGCUGCCUGAGUUCAUAGCUCUGUUUACACACUGCACAUGCAAGGGCAUUCUAACUAAGUAGGUUCUUCUCAAUAAGUUACUUGUAGCUGCCUAUGCUCUCCACAUCCAACACUAGUGCUCUACUGAUACUACUGAGACCAUUAUGAAAGACUUUUCGAAUCGAUCAUGGUUUAAUAAUCUAUGCGUAUGUGGCGGAAAAUACGGAGACUAUCAAGACUUUACUGUCCCUUUACAAAAAUAAACAAGUUGAUGUGUUGGCGCUUCUAUGUUUUAAGGAUACACAUUGUGAUGGACCGCUUGGCACCCCGACUGGGUACGUCCGUCAAGAUGGCUUCCUAGCUCUCCUUCGGGACACAGGAGUGCUUCAGACCCUAGCCGCUGCAACUUGGCUGGUGUCUCAACGUCGCUUCCCACUCUGGAAGCAUGUCCUGGGUACAGCUUCAAGUAAUUAAGCUCUCCUGCAGAGAGUAUAGCGGAUCCACCCAAAUACUAACUCAGACUGAGGGAAGGGUAAAAAAGGAACUGCUUUAUUGUGGCUUAGUUGCCUGCUUAUAUACACAACCCCCAGCAAAGGGUAUCCACACAAAAGAGUGCAAGCCCCUCCCAAAGAUCUCUGUGCCUGGGAGUUAAUUGAGUUAAAGACCGGUAAGCUAAUAUCUCCCAGGAACAGAGAGGCAAACGCAAAAACUUAAGAAUACCCUAAAACAUCAUAAAAAUAUACAGUAACUCUACAUAAC